AUGGAGGGCGUGGUAUACCUCUUCCUCGUCCUCCUCUGUAAGCGACACUUUAUUGUGUCCGCUCUGCUUCCUUCCGCCGUCAGAAGCACUGCCACCUGCGGGGUUCUGCCUGUAUGGGCGGUUUCAUGCCUAACGGUUCCCUCGCUUGUUUCCUCUGCUGCCUGCCCGCCAGGUGCGGCGCUCUUCACUGAGGCCGCGUCUGCAUCACUCCUUGCGCCACUCCUCCCACGCGGCGGCGACAGCGUUUCUCCUGCGUCUGCCGCCCAGGCCAGGCCUUUGGUUUGGCAAGGGAAGACGAUCUUUAAGUAUGCAGUCAAGCUGCAUCCCACGAAAAUAAAUGGAAAGUUAGUUGGUGACGAAGGUGCUUCGGGGAAAUACAUCUUGAAGGCAGUGAGGUAUUCAGCAACGUCAUACUACAUCAAAUAUACCGUCUUCAUAUUGAACAUCAGGUCUGGCGGCGAGGCUCCUACCUUAAGUGGCGGAAAAUCCUGUGCUGCCACUGUGCUGGGUCAAAGUGGUGUACCUUGGACAAACAUCACGAGUGAUACCGUCAUCACCCGGAUAUAA